GUUCAGUUCAGAAUCGAGUUUGGUUUGCAAUCUUUCACGUGCGUUCGAAAUUGUAGAAUGAUCGUCUCCUCUUCUAUCUGGUGAGUCGGUGGCAAUGGUACACCAAUAUUGACUGUUGAAGUCAGCUAUUUUGGAUAAAAACAGUGAAUCCCUGAUGGUUGGCGUUGGAAAUGGCCAUAGUGUGUAGAUUGGGGCAUUAUUGUACAACGGUAUCUCUGAACGUUUAUGAUUAUGCAUUACAAGUGUUCGAUGAAAUGCCUGAACGAGAUUUCACGUAGUCUCCAGUUCAAGAAAACUGGUUCUACUGAACCAGUGAGAAAGAGUGUUAAUGUUUACCAUUCGUAGGUUCUGGGUAUAUCAAUCUAUGGUCAAUCAAUGCGUUCAGAUUUGUGAAUUUUCUCAUCUUUUGAUUGGUGAAGAGUAUAUAUAUAGGUGCCUAUGUUUCACUGGUUCUCGGCGCAACAAGCUUAUGUAGUCAUGAAAAAUGACAGUGUUGCGUUAUUGACUGGGUAAAAAGUUGACUUUUUCGUGGAAAUGACGUAACUAUUGACAAAUUUAGUUGGUUUUAUUAGAUAUGGUUUAAGUUGAUCUUGUAUAUCAGAAUUUUGGAACAAGAGUACUGUCUGGUCUAGUCUGGUCAGUAUUGUAUAUAGGUGCUUGAAAAUAGUCUUACAAGUACCUGAGUAUUUGUUUCCAUGGAUUUCUUGUUCUUGUUAUUGGAGAGAAAAAAUAAACACAUGGGGAAGAAGAGGGUCGUGUUGCUUUGGCUUAGCAUCUUUAUAAGUUUUAGCUCUGCAGAGAUAACGGAAGAGAGCCCUUUGUCAAUAGGACAAACUCUCAGCUCCUCCAAUGGAGUUUAUGAACUGGGCUUCUUCAGUUUUAAUAACUCCCAAAAUCAGUAUGUCGGAAUCUCCUUCAAGGGUAUCAUUCCCCGGGUGGUUGUGUGGGUGGCAAAUAGAGAAAAGCCUGUUACAGACUCUGCGGCAAAUCUGGUUAUCAGCAGCAACGGAAGUCUUCAGUUAUUUAAUGGCAAACAUGGUGUUGUGUGGUCCAGUGGAAAAGCUCUUGCAUCUAACGGGUCUCGUGUAGAGCUUUUAGACAGUGGAAAUCUAGUUGUCAUAGAAAAAGUUUCGGGAAGAACUCUAUGGGAAAGUUUUGAGCAUCUUGGUGAUACUCUGCUCCCUCACUCAACUAUCAUGUAUAAUGUCCACACCGGUGAGAAGCGAGGGUUGACUUCUUGGAAAAGUUACACUGAUCCAUCGCCUGGUGACUUUGUCGUUCUGAUUACACCGCAAGUGCCAUCACAGGGGUUUCUUAUGAGAGGCUCGACCCCUUAUUUUAGAUCUGGUCCAUGGGCUAAAACAAAGUUCACCGGGUUACCUCAAAUGGAUGAAUCAUACACAAGUCCAUUCAGCUUAACACAGGAUGUAAAUGGGUCAGGAUACUAUUCGUAUUUUGAUAGAGACAACAAACGUUCACGUAUUAGGUUAACACCAGAUGGAUCAAUGAAGGCGUUACGGUAUAAUGGAAUGGACUGGGACACAACCUACGAGGGUCCUGCCAAUUCAUGUGAUAUUUAUGGCGUAUGUGGACCUUUUGGUUUUUGUGUUAUCUCAGUUCCUCCAAAGUGUAAAUGCUUCAAAGGUUUUAUUCCUAAAUCCAUUGAGGAGUGGAAAACAGGAAACUGGACUAGUGGUUGUGUGAGGCGUAGCGAACUACAUUGUCAAGGAAACUCUACUGGCAAAGAUGCAAAUGUCUUCCAUACUGUUCCCAACAUAAAGCCUCCAGACUUUUACGAAUACGCAGAUUCUGUGGAUGCGGAAGAAUGCCAACAAAAUUGCCUCAACAAUUGUUCUUGCUUGGCCUUCGCUUAUAUUCCUGGAAUAGGGUGCUUAAUGUGGAGCAAGGACCUAAUGGACACAGUUCAAUUUGCUGCAGGAGGAGAACUUCUUUCCAUUCGUCUUGCACGUUCUGAGCUAGACGUAAAUAAGCGCAAGAAGACCAUCAUUGCUAUUACAGUGAGCCUUACCCUUUUUGUGAUCUUGGGCUUUACUGCGUUUGGUUUCUGGAGACGCAGAGUGGAACAAAAUGCUCUUAUAUCAGAAGAUGCAUGGAGGAAUGAUCUGCAAACACAAGACGUCCCAGGUCUAGAAUAUUUUGAGAUGAAUACCAUACAAACUGCCACCAAUAAUUUCAGUCUAUCAAACAAACUCGGUCAUGGUGGAUUUGGUUCAGUUUACAAGGGAAAACUGCAAGAUGGAAGGGAAAUUGCGGUAAAACGCCUUUCUAGCAGCUCUGAGCAGGGCAAACAGGAGUUCAUGAAUGAAAUAGUACUGAUAUCAAAACUCCAACACAGAAACUUAGUCCGGGUUUUGGGAUGCUGCGUCGAAGGAACAGAGAAGCUAUUGAUUUAUGAGUUUAUGAAAAACAAAAGCCUUGAUACUUUUGUCUUUGAUUCAAAAAAAAGGCUUGAGAUAGAUUGGCCAAAGAGAUUUGAUAUCAUUCAAGGUAUUGCACGUGGACUUCUCUAUCUCCAUCGUGACUCACGCCUCAGAAUAAUUCACCGAGACCUGAAGGUCAGCAACAUUCUUCUGGACGAGAAAAUGAACCCGAAAAUAUCAGAUUUUGGGUUGGCUCGGAUGUUUCAUGGAACCGAAUAUCAGGAUAAAACUCGCAGGGUUGUCGGAACUCUAGGUUAUAUGUCUCCUGAGUAUGCAUGGGCUGGAGUAUUCUCUGAGAAAUCAGACAUCUACAGCUUCGGAGUUCUACUGCUAGAAAUCAUCAGCGGAGAGAAGAUCUCGAGGUUCAGCUAUGGCGAAGAAGGAAAAACACUUCUUGCAUAUGCAUGGGAAUGUUGGUGUGGAGCCCGAGGAGUUAAUCUUUUGGACCAAGCUCUUGGUGAUUCUUGUCACCCAUAUGAAGUUGGAAGGUGUGUCCAGAUUGGUUUGCUUUGUGUUCAAUACCAGCCUGCAGACAGACCAAACACACUUGAGUUGCUUUCUAUGCUUACCACAACAUCAGAUCUUCCUCUGCCAAAACAACCUACAUUUGUAGUGCACACGAGAGAUGGCAAAUCUCCGUCAAAUGAUUCGAUGAUCACUGUCAAUGAGAUGACAGAGUCUGUGAUCCAUGGACGUUGAUCAACAUUGUGUGAUGGAAACUUUUGAUGACUUUCAUUCACAAUAUUUUCUUAGUGGAUUUCAUUCCAUUAUGUAAAAAGAUAAACUUACAUCGAAAAUUAUGCUAAAAGGUUUGUUGAAAGAGAUGAGAC